GAGAGAACCUCAGUCACAGGGACUGACUGAACAAGGCAGUUGUCAUAACUGAGGCUAUCAUCAUGGGGGAGUGGUCCUUCUUGUCUGAUUUGUUGGACAAGGUGCAGUCACACUCCACUAUAGUAGGGAAGGUCUGGAUGAGUGUUCUUUUCCUCUUUAGGAUCUUUAUCCUAGCUGCUGGCGUAGAUAAAAUAUGGGGAGAUGAACAAGCAAACAUGAACUGUAACACCCACAGCCCUGGCUGCAGGAACGCCUGCUAUGAUCAAUCCUUCCCCAUGUCUCACACACGCUUCUGGGUCCUCCAGAUCCUUAUUGUCUCCACUCCAACAAUCAUUUAUUUGGGCCACGUCCUGCUGGUGAUUCGCAGAGAAAACAAGUUAAGGAGACGCCUGGAGCAGAAACUUGGUAAAAAUGGGAAAGUUAAAUCUCCAAAGUAUUCAGAUGAACAUGGCAAGGUACAGCUCAAGGGCGUCCUGCUGGUCAGCUACCUGAUGCAGCUGCUGUUCAAGAUCCUGCUUGAAGUGGCAUUCAGCGUAGGCCAGUACUACCUCUAUGGCUUUAUACUUAUGCCUAGUAAGAUUUCAUAUAAAGAAUACCCCUGUCCAUCACCUGUAGACUGCUUUAUAAGUCGUCCCACAGAGAAAACCAUCUUCAUUGUCUUUAUGUUGGCAAUGACCGUCCUCUCUGUGAUCCUCAACAUCAUGGAGAUGUUCCACCUAAUGAUCUCAAAAAUAAAGGAGAAUAAAAGGAGAAGCAGUGGCUCAGAGAUGUACUGCCUCAACAAACCAAACCACAAUUCAACUGAGGGAGUUACAUUUUGUUGAAGGACUGUGAACAGAGAUAUUUAGCUUUAAGUUGGAUCCUGAUCCUUGCUUCUCAAGGUUAUUAGACAUAAAUAUUGAGUUAAGUCACAUCCACUUUUUAAUUGUCAGACUACUACAUGUAUAUUAUGUACCAACAGUAAGACAUCAUAUAUUUUACUUUUACUUGAGGCUUUACAUAAAUCAGGUAUGUGGCAAGUACCAGGAUGGAUUGUAUUCAACCAUAUCUAUCAAAUUGUACAGAAGCAGUCGACGUGAACAUGACAUUAUCUGAUCCAAGAAUAUUAAAUGUGUAUGUGUAAUUAAUUACCAGUAAAAUUGUGUUUUUAUUUCAUCAUCUAUCUGUUGAGUUUUAAUUUUCUCAGUAGCUUUGGUACAUUUCUCAGAUCACAAUUGACACUCUCAAAUCUGUUUGUUCAACUUCACAUGAUAUAGUCACUUGUGCACAAUGUAUCAUUGUUUUGGUCAAAUAGCAAGUGCUUUUGUACAUGGAUGCAAUUGAUCAUGUACAAUUGUCUACUGUUUUUUACAUGAUCAAUUGAUUAUGAUAUGUUGAUCAAAAUAUAAUAUACUGGAUAUCUGUUGAAUUGUCUUUCUCCCAAAACAUCUAGGCAUAAAUAAUAAUUGAAUAUGUCUUUAAAUGCAAAAUGGUUGAACUCAUUGUCAUAAUCGGUCAAGCAAGUUUUCCAUUCAGAAAAAACGCAUUUCUUGUUGUAACCUUCUUCAUUGUUGACAUAGUAUUUUUUUUCUUUGUGCUAUAAAAUAGUUUUGUGUUUUUCUUUCUGAAUCCCAAUGACACUGUAAUUUGUUGAAAACCAAAAAUAAAAGAAUAAAUGUAAAUCCUG